CAGGGGUGACAAAGAUUGAAGUGCCAUUUGGCCUAUCCUCUAGAACAGUUGACCCCAAUUCAGUUUGAUAUGAUGUCUCCAACUAGCCGUAUUAAGACAAAACUCAAUAAAUGAGUGCAGAGUUAUUUGUUCCAUUUGACAAAGAAAUAACUUCAACUGUUAGACUAGGUUUUAAUUGGAUCAGUUGAUCAUAUAACUGUUUCCUUUCACAAGGAGAGAGUAAGAGAGAGCGGGUUUGAUUUCAAGAUAUCAGAAGCAGGGAUGACUGUUGAUGUUUCUUGGAGAAUUAUCCUCUGUGCUCUCCUUGUUUUACUGUUUGCUGAAGACAGCAGUGCAAGAGAGAUAACUCGCAUAAGAUGGAAAGAAGUGGAUGAUGAUACUAAGGGUCAGCAACACAACCCAGAAAUACCUGAUUUGCAACAACUUUCCAAGGAUAAUCAUCUGCCAAUCAAGCAUAAUAUUGACGAUGAUCAUCAAAAGCAUGCGCAUGCGCAUGCUCAUCUAUCAUCACAUAUGGAUCACAUGGACCCUUCAGAUAAGAUUUUCUUCACCAUAAAGGAUCUAAAAGUUGGUAACGCAAUUCCAAUUUACUUCUCCCAUGGAGACCCUUCAACUUCUCCUCAUCUGAUAUCUAGAGAAGAAGCCAAUUCAAUUCCUUUCUCUUUAGCAAAAUUACCUUACCUUCUUGAAUUUUUCUCUCUGUCUAAAGAAUCUCCUCAAGCCAAAGCCAUGGAAUAUACACUAACACAAUGUGAAGUUGAACCCAUGGAAGGAGAGACCAAGUUAUGUGCUACUUCCUUAGAAUCCAUGCUUGAUUUUGCACAGGCCACCUUUGGAAUCGAUACCCAAGUAAAAGCUUUAACUACUAACCACCUUAGAAAGUCAGUUGCACCUUUACAAAACUACACCCUUUUGGAAGAGCCCAAAGAGAUCUUGGCACCAAAAAUGAUAGGAUGUCAUACCAUGCCUUACCCUUAUGUAGUUUACUAUUGCCAUAUCCAAGAAGGUGGGAACAGGCUAUUUGAGAUUUCACUUGGUGGCGAGCAUGGAGAUAGAGUCCAAGCUACUGGUGUUUGCCACAUGGACACCUCAAAAUGGGAUCCUGACAACCCAUCAUUUCGUGUGCUGAAGAUAAAGCCUGGAACUGCCCCCGUGUGCCAUAUUUUUCCAGCAGAUAACAUAGUUUGGGUGCCUUUGAUUUCGUAAAUUCAGUAGUAACAUCUAUUGAAGUGAUUGUAAAUAAUAAGUCCUGAUACUUAAAUCUUGUGUUAUGUCAUAUGCUUGUCUCUAAAAGAGUCCCUGUGGAUGUAGGCAUCCACACCAAUGUUCCCUGCUACAAAGACUAGUAAAUAACAUCGGGGAUUCUAUAAA